CACAGGAUCUGGUAAAAAUAAAAUAGAACAUGUUAUCUAUUUCGUGGUAUGCAAAACUAAAUCGUGUGACUUUUCAUAAUGGUUUCUAAAGUCUAAAAUAUACCCAAACAAUUCCUGAACGAUUCUGGAAUUAAAGUGCAAGAUUGAAAAUAACUCCCAAUCAAAAUAAAGGUUUGAUAGUGAUAAUCUACGAUAAGUGGUGCCAAACAGAGGUGAACCAAACGACGAACUAAGGUUUUAAUUUGUGACCUAACCAAAUAAUCUUUCAACUUUUUACUGAUUAUUCCUACUAUUAAUACGUAUUUUUACCGGUUUGAUAAGUAAUAUUAAUUUUUUCAUGUCUUGUGUAAUUUAGGUUUUAAAGAACCAAUAUGUACACAGAUUUUUUAAUCUUUUAGUUUUAGUUUAUGUGUUACUUAAAAUAAUGGAAAAAUCCAAUGAAACUGACUUAUCUAAAUCAACUAAGCUAAAAUUACUUCAUUGUAUAAUUUAUCCUGGUAUUGUCAAUAAUGUAGAAUGUGCAUUGAACAAACUUGGUGGUUUGGGAGAAAUUGCCAAUGCAUUUCAUCAUGAUGAUGCUACAUUAUCUGUGAACUUAAUAAAAUCAGAAUUUGGGCCUGCAUUGUGUGGAAUAAAAAAUUAUAGCAGAUCUUUAGUAGUAUCUAUGAAAACUAAGUGUAAAGUUAAUAAAAAAACAGGAGUAAGAACUAUUGUGGGAGUGCAGUCUGUUAAUGUAAUAGGGGUUGUACAAAAGACUUUUAAAUUUACCUCAAUGAUGGAUUUUGUAUAUUUGCCUACUUCACCCAACUGCUCAGAAUUGUGGCGAUCUAAAGAAUGUUUAGAUAUGCAAUGGGCUUUAAAUAAAGAUGCAUCAUUAUUUUUACUACCCAACAAACUAAGUAAACAUAAUGAACCACAAUUGGACUUUUAUGAUCUUGUAAAUCUUAAAAAACUUGAUAUGUUGUCUAAAAAACAUAGAUUAAGACCAUAUUUACGUAAUUUUACCAAAAAUAAUCGUUUUGAAGAUCAAGAUUUACCUCCAGUACCUAUUGACUUACUAAAAUAUUGUUUAACAGUGAAAAUGUUUUCACCUGAUGAAAAAAGAUUGAUUGAUAGAUUAUUUGAAAAAAGACCUAUAUGGGUUAAACCUGCACUAAUCCAUUUUGUUAAAGUAAUUAACAAAGAAAAAAUGAAAUAUUUAUUACCAACAACAGGAUAUUUUACUACAACUGGACCUUUUCGUCGCAUGUGGGUUAGACAUGGGUAUAAUUAUCACAACGAUCCAUCUAACUAUAUUUAUCAAGUGAUUGAAAUACGUAAUAAUUGGUUAGAUGAUCAUCACCCAGCAAAUCCUAAAAAAACUAAAUUGAAGAUACAAAAUUAUAACCCAAGUUCUGCUGAAAAACAAUUUUAUUUUACUCCUAAUUCUAUCCCAUUAUCUAUUGUUGCUAAUUAUCAACUGUGUGAUAUUCAUUUGCCUGAAGUACAAGAAAUGUUAAAAAAUCCAACUUUGUCUACUAUAUGUAGUAGAAAUGCUGGCUGGUUAAGUAAAGAAUUAAUUGAGGAUAUUCGUGCCGUAAUGUAUAAAUAUUUAGAAAAUGCUUGGCAAAAAUAUUUAGCUGGAGAUAUAUCAUUAAGUGAAAGUGAACAUACCAAAUUGUAUAAUGAUUAUAUGGAGGAAGACAAUUUAGAUAAUACUAGACAAAAAAUAACUAAAAAAUUGGAAGAAGGACUCAAACAAAUUGGUAAAGACAAUGAAAAGUUAAAUGAUGAGUUUGAUACUGUGGUUGAAGAUUAUAAAGACAAAUAUGAUGAAUGGGCAACACUAGACCGUGAUGAACUAGCCAAAAUAAUAUUUGCUGAUACUCGUAUAAAUAAGGCUGAAGAAAAUAAUUCAAAUCCUUGUAGUGAAGAUGAAUUUGAUGAUUUUAAAAUUGAUACUUUAAAUUUAUCUAUUUAAAUUCAAUAUUUUUAAUAUUAAACAUUAG